AUGUUAUCAAAAUUUCAUUUCCUUACUUAUCAAAUUCGGCAUUUUCGAGUCCCGGUAAAUUUGCGUUUACUAGAGAAAGCACAAAGUUCAUCAAUUAAACCAUUACACUUUGCGGUAACAUCUCACAUUAUAUGGAAGUCAACAACAGAAUCAUUACUUUCUACGUCUUCUGGACGAUCGAUUUCUGGGUGA